UUAAUAGAUGGAUUUGCUACUGGUAUCAAAGGAUUAGAAUGUCAAUUUACCGAUGGAUUAUGUGAUUGGUUAAAUGAUACCAAUAGUUGGCUACUUGGUGAUUAUAAUGAUGUUUCCUUUGGUAAACCAAUUGAAGCCUCUUUGAGUGGAGGUUAUGUUUAUGUUGGUGAAGAUAAUGUCAACCAUUUCCAUCAACUGGUGUCACCCAUAAUAGAGGAAGAUGUUGGUCCUUUUUGCUUCUCAUUCGGAUAUUAUAUGUUCGGGUCAAGUGUUGGUCAACUUUCCCUAAGGCUGAUUGAUGAUAAUGGGUCAAAGUCUCAAUGGAUUGAGGUUGAUGAUGAUGUUUGGAAGAGGCAAGGUUCACAAUUUGAUGACUGGUCCAUUGGUAAAUAUCAUUUUGACCCAAAGAAAAAGGUGAAAGUCCGAAUCGCUUUCGUAGCUACAACCCCAAACAUUGCUAUUGGUCCCAUUAAGGUCACACCAGGUUCAUGUGAUUAUGAAGAUUUUUGUGAUUUCGAAGAUUUAUCUUCAUGCUUUUGGACUAUCGAACCAGAUUAUCGAAGUAACUUUGCCUGGUAUAUUUCGGAUGGUAAAUCAAGAGAUUCGGUGAAAGUUGUAGACACAACAACCUUAACGGACUCAGGAAAAUAUCUAAGAACACCUAAUGAUGGUCAGAAAGAUAGUAAAAGUAUACUGGCCACAAACGUCAAGAUGAGUUCGAAUAAUGCAAAAUGUUUAACCUUCAAUUUAGCCAAACCACAUCAAGAUUCUGAUCUUGUAGAGGUCAGCAUUUCGAGAGGCAAUCAAUCCGAUACGGAGUUUAUCUGGACUUCAAGUUCAAUCAAAGCUGAAUCUAAAUGGUUGCCCAUUGAAAUUGAUUAA